AUGGCCGCGGGAUGGGGAGGAGGAUGGAGCUACUCGCCUGGCUGGGGGUCACGAUGGUGGGACCAGGGCUCUUGGUGGCAAGGACGGUGGAGUCAGGAUGAGAAGGUGCCCUGGGACAGAGCUGAGCCGAAGGAGGAGCCCGGCCCGGAAGGAGACAGGCCGAGUGAGAGGCCUGAGGGCUGGGGCGGCUGGAGCAGCAGCUGGUACGCGAGACCAUCCUGGUCGAGCUGGUCUUGGUCUUAUCCCAGCUAUGGCUAUUCGAACUACGGUUACUCCGGCUAUUCCGGAUGGGGUGACUGGAACCGACCUGAUGCACCAGUCGAAGCCAAGCAAGACGACAGCCAGAGCCGACAGGAACGCUGGAGCCAGGCCUUUGCAAAGGACAGGCAGGAAUUCCAAGACGGAGACUGGUGGAAAAGCGAACGGGAAGAGCAGCCCAAGCAGGAACAAGGGACCCCAGAAGCGAAGCAGGACGGGGAAGGAGGCCAAGAGUCCAAGUGGGUGCCGCCUUUUGAAAGUGGCAGCCAAGAAGCGAGUGAAGCGCAGCAGGCUUCCUCCGAUGCUGUUCAGCCAAGUCUGGAGAGCCAGAAGCCUCGAGACGAAGUCGACAAGGAGAGCAGCCGACCUGCCCACGAAAACGAGGAGUGGUAUCAAAAGUGGCUUCUCCGUCAGAAGGAAAAGGAGCAAAGCGGCGCACGGGCAGAAGCGCAGACUGAGAGCUUCGUCACGAAAGCAAAGAAGGUGGAAGUAGACGAGGUCCAGGUGCCAGAGGCGGUCGCUGAUUCCGACACUCACCCAGCGCCCGCUCUGGAUCAGGAGAUGUCUUUCCACAGCAUGCCAGAGCCAGAGAGCGCGCCAGCGAGACACCCGCACGAGAAUGAAGAGUGGUACCAAAAAUGGCUACGACGCCAGAAGAAUCAGCCCACUCACGUGAUCGACAUUGGUGCUCCUCAACCUCAGGCUUCGACGCAAGAUGUGGCAGCGAGCAGCUCUAGCGAUCCGCAGGCUUCCAGCUCUAGCAGCACGGAGGAGAAGCGGCUCUGUCCAGAUGAUGGGAAGACGUACACUUUUGAUGAGUUGAAGAAGGCAUACGCCGGAGAGUACUCUGACGAAGACUUGAAGGCAUAUUGGAGAGAUGCCAUGGCCCCGCCGGGAGCUCCGGUAGAAAAGCCUGCGGAGUCCAAGAAGGAGGUUCUCUUCGCCAGAUCUUUCGAUGAGAGACACCCAGGCCAACUCAAGAAGGACUUGCUUGACCUCGAUCUGGACACUGUAGUGCUCAUCGCGCUCAAGGGCAGAGCAGACCAGGAGAGCCUUCAAGCCUUGUCCUUGGUCCACGCACGACUAUACCCAGUUCUUGCUGAGGGAGAAGGCUAUGCCUUCAUUGGUGGCCGCGAGGCAGCACCGACGGCAGAGGACCUUGGCCAAGUGGCAGAUGCACAAAACCCAGCGCCCUGUAUCAGCUCAAUUCCUGCACAUGGUCCACUGGUGAACAUGCUGCCGAUGGUGCGCAGCACGCGGCUUGCAGCUCCCAAAGCUUGCAAUCUCAGGUGCUUCUUGGUGAUCUUAGCAGCCUCAGGCCUUGCGGCAUCCUCUUUGGAGUCCUCCUCAGCACCUGCUUUGCCGCCGCUUUCUUUGGACAACUUUGAGGAUGACGACUGUAUCGAGUCUGGCGAGUCAGAUGUGCUCCUGCACUUGAUGCAUGAGCUGGGCGGUGUCCUGGAGCAGGUUCUGACCAGCAUCACGAAAGGCAUUGCGGAGGUAUUCAAGUGCUGUAUGCUGGGAAGUCGCUUCUCAAGCUUGUUCUGCCGUCACGUCAAACCUGCCAUGGAUUUCGACGAGCUGGAAGAGCUAGAGCGGAAGCGGGGCGCUAGUGCUCCAGUUUCUCAUGCUGCAGAGCGGAUCGGGGAGCAGUUUUUGCAUGCAGCAGGGGCCAAGACCUUCCAGGAGCUGCAGGACAAGAAGCAGCUUGAAAUCGCGUCAGUGCAGCUGCCCGAGCUCUCCGACCUCCCUUUUCCGUUGGGAGAUCUUCGCGGCUUGGAGAUGCUUCUGGUGAGCCGCUCGAACGUCCGUGGCCUUCCCUCGAGCAUUGGCGAUCUGAGUGGCCUCCAGUUCCUGGAUGUCUCGGCCAAUUGCAUCGAGAUCUUGCCAGAGACGAUCCUCAGUUUGAAAUCUUUGACACAUCUCAAUAUCUCCGACAACAAGCUUGACAAGCUGCCGUCUCCUUUCGGGCGCUUGACAAGUUUGGUUGUGUUCAAUGCCAAGAAAAACUUGCUGCGCGAGGUUCCGGAGGACAUCGACGAAUUACCCUUGGAAGACUUGGACAUGACGGACAAUCGACUGGAGAGCCUGCCGAUGAGCAUUGGUCACCUGCCACGGCUGCGAUCGUUUUGGGCUGCAGGAAACCAGGUCGCCCAGCUGCCGCCCGACUUGGGCAAAUGCCUAUGUUUGCGAGGGGUGCAACUCGCACAUAACAUGCUGGAGGCUCUGCCAUCCGAAAUCUGCACCUUGACGAACCUGCAAUAUCUGGAUGUUGCCCACAACUGGAUCAUGGAGCUACCGCCCCUCGAGAACCUCACCGGAUUGCAGACGCUGGAUGUGGGUAGCAACUGCUUGGUAUCACUGAACUUCGGGGUGAUUCCCUCCUUGCGCAAGCUGCUCGCACCCGACAAUCGGAUCGAGCGACUGCCACCGCGAUUUGCAGAUUUCUUGGUGCUGCACACAUUGGAUCUGCAAGGCAAUCCGAUUGCCAAUUCCCUGCAGCGCGGCAGCAAACACCCGGAUUGGCUCAGCCUUUGGCUGCUGCAAUGUGCGGGCGCUCUGCGGAGCUUGCCGGGCCUACAGGACUGCACGCCCAGCUUGCUGAAUGAUGGGACACUGGCCUUCGAUGGGUGGCAGCUGCGCGGUGAGAUGAGCUCCACGUUGACCCGACUACGCGGUAUGAACUGCUUGAACGCGGCAGACAAUCGGAUUACACUGUUGCCGGAAGAUCUGGGAAGCAUGGCCGGCAUUGACACCCUGCUUCUAUCGCACAACGAGUUGUCAAAGCUUCCCGACACGAUUGGUGGUCUCAACAGCCUGCAGCUGAUGGACGUGUCCGCCAACCAGCUGCUCGACCUCCCCGCAGGCUUCAUCUCCCUGAAAAGCUUGCGCAAGCUCGACUUGAGCAAGAAUCGCCUCAGCGCACUACCUGAUGGCUGGGGCCGACUUACAAGUCUGCAGCACACAGACUUGUCAAUGAAUCGAUUGAUCGCGCUUCCGACAGACUUCGGACAAUUACCAGCCCUAAAAUGGCUCAGCUUGGCUGGCAACGAGAUUGUUGGCUUGCCGGUGAGCUUCAAGCAGCUACGACAGCUGACGGAGCUGCAUUGCGAAGGAACCCCGCUCGCCUCGCUGCUGCUGCAGACGGGCGAAAUGUUCGAGCAGCGAAUACUUUGGGAGCUGAAUCAAUGGGGCAGGCUUGCCUUGAUCCAAUUGCAAAUGCAGCAGCGAGGUCCGGUCCCGGAUGGCCUUGUGCAGUGGAGAUGGGUGCCAGCGACGCCUCCUGAUCCACCUCCACAAACGAAAGCUGCUGCCGCCCACGGGUAUGGACCAGGAGCAGCUCCGAUGCCCCAGUCUCAGCGCAAGGAUGGAAGUGCGCGAUCCGGUGGCAUGGACGAGGCGGCAAAGGUGGUGCAAGGGCUGCGAUCUCGCCUGGAUUCUGCGGGAGACGAGCACGAGGCGCAACGACGCUUGCGUCAGAUGUUUCGAGAGUGGCAUCCGGACAAGCGCAGCGAGGCAGAGCAGCAGCUCGCCACCCGCGUGUUCCAGCAUCACCAUCCACACACCUUCCUCACCACCAGCACCGUCGGCAUAACCUCGUUUGCCGUCAUCAGUAUAACAGACUUCACAUCAGCACAACUGCUGCAGGAGAAAGCCUGGGCGGUGUUCGACAAGUGGUCUGCUGAAGGCCGCGCAGAUGCUAUGCAGCAGCUGGCCCCGGCUGUGCUGGCAAGGCCUUACUGCGAGCCUGGCAAGCUGGCAUGGCUGGCAACCACUUGCAUUUUGCUUCUUAGAGGAGCAGAUGCGGAACAAGCGCUGGAGUGCGCCUCCUCUUUAGAUGAGGACCUGCUGGGACAGAUGACGGUGCUCAGCUACGAGACGAAGCACAACACGCGCUUCCACCUGGUGCUGCGAAGCCCCUGGCCGGCCUUCCGAAUGCUGGACCUGCUCGCAAGGCUCAUACCGGAGACGCACUUCUUGCACGGCCGACCAGACUUCCUCUUGCCUGUUCUGAGCUUUGGCACUCAGCUUUCGGAUGUCGGGCUUCACCUCCAACCAAGCUUAGGGGCUUGCCGGAAGAACACCAAGUGGAACAGUGACCCAGACGUCUUCGAUUGGCCGCAGUUCAAGAAGCUGCUCUCGGAAGCCGUGCUGAGCUCAAUGUGCUAUAUGGAGCGCCACUACCCACUGCAUGCUGCUGCUUGCAAGGUAGAUGAACUGGUGUCCGAUGAGUCUUUUUUCGAUUUGAGGCCCUCGGAUGGCCCUUUGUCCCAGCAGUACUCGGCGCGGUGGCAGCGGAUCCACUCUUUGCCCGCGAUGAAGGAAGUAGUGUACUUCUCGCACGACGUCUUCGAUGCAUACCGGCAGCACCACUAUAAAGCUGGCUGCCAUUUGGGAGUUAUCUCCUGCUAUAUACUUCAGAUCUUCGUGGUGCUGCUUCGCGACAUUGAAGGUCGGCUGCACAAGCAAGUGGCUAGUGUCGCACAGCUGGUGAACAUUUACGGGCCGGUGCAGCAAACUGCCAAGACUGAUUGGCCCGUGUUUCGGCUUCUACACUUUGCUAGCUUGCUGCAGCGAGCUCAUCCGCACGAUAUUUGGAGGGGGAACCAGGACAAUGAACACGCGGCUGCAAGAGAUGCUGCUAAGUCCUUGGUGGCAGAAGUUGACGCAGUCACUGAGACCAAGUUUGCAUCGGGAGGCGAGGCUGCGCCGAUCGCUUUUUUGACAUCAGCUUGGGGGUGGAUGUCGAAGAUUUUGGAUGCGGUGUUAAAGCGCUGGCAAGUGGUGUCCAAGACAUCCCCCUUGCUGGUUCUUUGCCGGGAUCAUUUAGCAUUAAGGAACUGCAAGACUUCGCAGAAGUUUAAUGACCCGCGGCCAAUGGUUCAGUGCAUCGAUGCUCCUCAACGUUUGGGCGUUGAGACCAUGGUCGCAAAGUACAUAGCCAUGGCCUCCAUAGCGAGGUCGGGCAUGCACGCUGUAUGGCUUGACUUGGAUGUGUUCAUAGUUGCCGACCCUGGUCCCUUUGUGACGUCUGAAUUGGCCGGACAGCCAUCUGCCAGCCUUCUCUUUUCGCGGCACAUGCUGUCGGAGUCUGUGACUCCCGCAGUGGUGAUAGCCCGGCCGAAUGAGGAAGCAGUUUCUCUGCUCAUGGGGUUUGCGAGCUGGCUGCGUGAAAACCCCUACCUACUGGACCACAAAGCAUGGGACCAAUUCUUAACCAACAACAAGGGGGACUUUGCUGGCGUGUUUGAUUACAAGGGCCGGAACACCACGGGACAUGAGACCGAAGGCCCAACGCACACCUUUCUGCCAAGGGUUGGCCUAGCUUCAAUUAACAGCAACUGGAGCUUCAUCAAGAGUGGCUUUUCAAGUGGAGAUGGUUGGCGUGGCCGGGAGGAAGAUGUGGUGCUGUUCCAUUUCUGGGGUGCUGAGGAAUCUCCCGAGGAACUCUUCCGGAUUUUCUAUAGCAAGAAGACUCUCCUGUCUCCAGCCUUGGACUCCAAUGCUGCGAAGAUUCUGCAGAAGUAUCGGCGAGAACCUGUCUCAGCGCCGCUGGUGUCGGUAUUGCUGAAGAACGAGCCCCUGUACUUGGUGGCCAUCAGCUAUGCGCAUGGUUGUUGUCCAAAGUCGCUGCAGCGCAAUAGAGAGCACGCGCUCAAAGCUGGAGUGGACGCAGCAAGAUCCUACGGGAAGCAACACCUGGGUCCAGACUGGUUGGCUGCAAACCACCAAGUCCUGUCGCAGAAGAGGGGGGCUGGGUGGUGGCUUUGGAAGCCCUAUGUCAUCCUGAAAACCUUGAAGGAUCCAACGAUUCCUUGGGACAAAGGUGUGGUUUUGUGGGUGGAUGCGGGAAAUUACUUGCAUGCAGACCCAAGGCCCUUUCUGGCCUCAGCCUUGGAGGAGUCAGACGUCGUGGCCCUGCGCCUGAAGCAGUGCCUGGAAGUGGACUGGACAAGCAAGCUGACACUGGAGCAAAUGCAGCUCGGGCAGAGUAGGUACGCUUUGAUCGAUCGGCCUCAACUUGGCGCCUACUUCCUUGCAUUCCGAAAGACCAAGGCCGUCCUCUCCUUCGUUGAGCAGUGGCUGAAACUCUCGGAGGAUCCUGAUAUUCUCAUGGGCCUGGCUGUGCGCAACUUGAACUCUCACGGAGGAACUGGAACCUUGACCAGCGAUGUUCUGGAUGACGAGGUGCCGAGCUUCAUGACACACCAAGCGGAUCAAAGUAUCUUCUCGCUGCUCUUCAAGAGUCACACGCCCGAGCCCCGGAUGACAAGUGCAAAGAUUUGCACUGAAUUCGACAGCUCCACGCCAGGGUGGUGCUCCAUUCGUCAGCCUGCCCCUGCUUUGCAGCAGAAGUCUUCUUUGAUACCCAUGAAGUUCGGAAACCAGGUGGCUCGGGAGGUUGCACUGCAAGCUUUUCGAGCAGCACAGGCCGCAGGAGUGUCCACAUACGUGGCUGCCAAGGCAGCAGCAAAGGAGGCCUCGAAGGCUGUGGCAUUCGCUGCUGCACUGCAAGGCGAAAUGCCAGCCAACGUGGGUGCCUCGGCAAAGCGAGUCACAUCCUGGCUGGCCGAUCUUGCGGAAACGGAACAGGUCAAGUAUGCGCUGGAUGCAGCUCAGGAGGCCGUUGAGCAAGUGCUCCUCCUUGCCGAAGAGUCCGAGGUGCCAUUAGGAAAGCGGCUUGUAGCAGGGCGAAAGCCUUCAAACAACGAAGUCAGCCACCCUGUUAUAAUGUACGAUAGUAUGCUAGAACAUGCCACACUAAACUGUCAUGUGUGUAUAUACUAA